UCUUGAUCGAUAUAUCCAACAACAGUCACCUGUCUCCUGACAGCCAUUUUGUCGAGUUACCUUUCUGUUGAUUGUGGAGUUCAUUUCUGUAGCUGUUUACAAUGGAGGACGUUCAAAUCCAACUUCUGCAGAACAUCCAUCAAGAGAUGACCAACGGUUCGUUCAGUGAUAUACAGGUGAUUUGUAAUGACGACACAACAACCGGAAGUCGCCUCGUUCUUGCAGCAUUGUCACCUUACUUCCGGGCGAUGUUUGCAUCAGGCAUGACAGAGAGUCAGACGGGCGUCCUGAAACUUCCGUCUGUGUCUCUGUCAGAAUAUCAGGAUAUUCUCAAGAUGUAUUUCUUCAAAAUUAAUCUCAUAAACGAGGAAAACUGCAUGAACAUUUUUGACGCUGCCGAGAUGAUGCAGCUUGAUCCUAUCAAAAAUCUCUGUAUCAUCUACCUGAACCAAAGUCUCGACCUAACUCCUGAGAAUUGUUUCAAUUGGUGGAGAAACCUGAAACUCUACAAUUUUCUUGAUUUAUCCAAACAGGCGCUUUCGUGUUUGACUGAUAACUUGGCUCAUUUUGUUAAAACGGAAAAUGUUAUUCAUCUGUCAAAGGGAGAACUUUUUGAAAUAAUUUUCGAAGAUGACUUAACCUGUAAAGAAGAUGACAUUCUGAAAGUCGCCAUGAAGUGGAUUGAUCAUAAUAACCCAGAACAGGAGGACGUCCAGAGUAUUUUUGAAAAUGUGCGACUGGAUAUUGUUGACCGACAAUUUCUUGUUAAUGAGGUAGCAUUUUCAAAGAUCGUUCUUGAGAAUAGCGCUGUGAGGGAAAUGAUACAACACGUUUUAUGUUUAGCGCUGUCACAACUUACAUACACAACGAGGUUUCUCGCCAACCAACCUGGUGUUUUCGUACUACACCACACCGACAAGUUACUGCUGUCUUGCUUCACGUCGGAAGAGAAGUGGGAAGAUAUCCCGCCAGCCCCAGUAGAUCCUGGACCGUAUUAUUCAGCAGCGUGUUUGGAUAACAAGAUCUACAUCACUGGUGGUGAUGAACAACGUAAAUAUACACUGGUGUAUGACACCAUUAGAAAAAUGUGGAGCAUAGGUCCAUAUCUCAACGAUGAACACUGGGGUCACUGUUCAGCCACAGCUGGUUCCAAAGUGUAUGUAAUGAGCGGUUGGGAUACCAGUACAAUAGAAGAGAAGAGCGAGAAUGAGGAGCAGUGGCAGGUGGUCGGUGAUUUGGAAUUGAACAGAGCGGAGACUUUUCCUGUUACAGUUGGUGAGAAGAUUCUCGUUAUGGGAGGACAAAUAAAAUAUGACUUCUCAGGACAAAUAGACGUCAACGUGUCAGAUUUCAUCCAGUGUUUUAACACCAGAACCCGCGCUGUCACCAAGCUGGAAACAAAGUUGCCUUGUACAUCCAUUACACUAAGAGGAUCUGUUCACCUACCAGAUGUGUAUCUGUUGGACUAUGUUGGCAACGUGAUGCACAUCCACGUCACUGACAGAAAUGGAAAAAUCCAGGUUGAGAAUAAACUAACAGCUAAAUGGAAAUGUUUUUGUAUGGACUUUGGUAUCGUUCACCGACAUGGAAACCUCCUGUAUUUUACAAAAGAUGGAAUCCGUAAAUUCAACCUGGCUGAAGGGAAAGAAGGAGAGAGUACAUUCCCAAAACCACCUAGAAGUGGUGAGGUGUACGACGUCCUGACAAUUUGACAAACGAUACACUACACGGCUACUUCAUUAAUCACAGUGUUACUGGCCGUCUUGUUGUCCAAGACAAGAACAACAUUUAUGGACAUGUCUAGUUAUUUCAUUAUGCUAAAUCAGUUUGUUUUUACGAACACAUACAUGUGUGCACAUACACAAGAAAGAAAUACUUUAUUUAACGACGCACUCAACACAUUUUAUUUACGGUUAUAUGGCGUCGGAUAUAUGGUUAAGGACCACACAGAUUUUGAGAGGAAAUCCGCUGUCGCCACUUCACGGGCUACUC